AUGAUCAGAACAGUGGCCAAGAGAGCACUCGACAAGAAGGAGCCUAGGCUAGUGGAAAACACCAAACAGGCGCUUUUUGUGACCGGCAAAACGUCCACGCAAGUGCUCCACGAUGCCAUGAUCGACCUAGGCGCUCUGAAGAAACCCGAUCUCAAACGGUUCAAUAAGAAGAAUGAUGUGCGCCCAUUUGAAGAUGCAGAGCCAUUGGAAUUUUUCAGCGAGAAAAACGACUGCUCGUUGCUAGUUGUUAGCUCAAGCUCGAAAAAACGUAAAAACAACCUCACUUUUGUCCGCACAUUUGGAUACAAGGUCUAUGACAUGAUCGAGCUGCAGAUCGCAGAAAAUUAUAAGUUUCUGUCUGACUUCAAAAAGCAAACUUUUGCGGUCGGAUUGAAGCCAAUGUUUGCCUUCCAAGGUGCUGUCUUCGACACCCAUCCAGUAUACAAACAGUUGAAGUCACUAUUUUUGGAUUUUUUCAGAGGCACUGUCAGCAACCUGCACGAUGUGGCCGGUCUACAGCACGUCAUCGCAGUCACUGUUCAAGGUGAUUUCGAAGAUGGUGAGCCAUUACCUAACGUUCUCUUUAGAGUUUACAAGCUGAAAACUUACAAGAGCGAGCAAGGCGGACCUAAGCUACCUCGUGUCGAACUCGAAGAGGUCGGGCCACGUUUUGAUUUCAAGAUUGGUCGCAUCCAAUCUCCAUCGCCAGAGCUAGAGAAGGAAGCCCACAAGAGAGCCAAACAACUUGAACCUAAGACUAAAAAGAAUGUAUCAUCCGAUGGGAUGGGCGACAAGUUUGGCACCAUUCACUUAGGCAAACAAGAUCUAGGCAAGCUACAAACACGGAAGAUGAAGGGUUUGAAAUCGAAGUUUGACCAAACCGAACUUGAUUCUGAGACUGAGGAUUACGUCAAUGAAGACGAGGAGGAUCUACAAGGCGGCGCAGAAGAAAGUUAUGGCGAAGACUUCGUUACCGCCAACGAUAUCGACGUCGAACCCCCCACGAAGAAGGCGAGAAAAUAA